ACAGGCAUGAGCAACGCGCGCUGAGAUGCGCGAGUUUAUGGACUAUGUCCACAGUGCUUUCUACGAGGCCACGGGAUGGAGACGCGACAAUUCGUACGCAGCGCUGAAUUCGACGACUGAUGCUCUGUUGAACUUUCGCACUCCUCGAGGCCUUCGCCUCACCCUCUCGGCACUCGCAAGCCCCAACUUCGCCACGUCUUACCAGCUGGGCUCCGUCGGCGUGGUCGAUGGCUCCAUAUCCUACCUCUUCUCCUCAGUUCCUCUGCGACUCCUCUUGACGCCCCAGUCCGAAAAUGUCCCGCUCCCUGAUCUCCUGCGGUCCUAUCGACCACUGACGCCGGUUGCUCGCCGAGACGUCCCCUCACUGCGACGACCCGACGACGAGGACAAGACCAACGAGUCGCUUCUGUACGGCAGACUAUAUCUACCCCGGUCGCAGCUGGAGGCGCUCCUGGUGAGACGGCUGUCUCCCGCUUUGCAGGCCCAGUUCAGCGCCGUGUCGGGCCAGCAUCUCAGGGACGGGGGCACGGCGCUGGGAUUGCUCCAGUACGACGUGGGACGGUAUGCGCUCGAGGGGUUGGCGUCCACGGACGGUGGGCUGCUGGGCUUCAGAGGGGUGUACAAUUUCGGGGGCGACCUGAGCAGCAAAAAGCACGCCCAGCAUCACCCGGCUGCGUCCCCUGCGGAGAAUAAUGGAAACGGCGGUGGCAAUGGCGACAAAGAGAGGAUAUACGGGCGUUUCAGCACUGGAGGAGAGAUAUACUACGGCACGCUGAACAAGUCUGGGGGCAUCAGCAUCGGCGCCAGAUUCGCUACGCUGCCGGAUCACAAGGGGACGCCGCUGUCUGCCACGCUGACGCUGAAUCCUCUGAUGGGGAACAUUGCGGCUAGCUACGCGGUCAUGGCUGGCAAGGACUGCAGCCUCGCAACGCGCAUGGAGUUUAACAUUUUCAGCUAUGAAAGCUCCUGGGCUGUGGGGAUGGAGCUCUGGAGGAAGCCGUUUGCUCGGUUGGCGGUAGAUGAUGGAGAACCCUCUGACGCGGAUCUUCCUGCGAAGACGACGGCUUCAAAUUUCAAUGCCAAGCUGGAGUGGAGGCUUGACGAGCCGGACAAGGCUGCGGAAAAGAAGACGGGAUCCAAGAUGAACGGAAGCAAUGCCGGAAAGUCAAAAGAAAAGGGGGAGAAGGAGCAGGAAUACGCCGGUGUCGUCAAGGCGAGGCUGGACCAGAAUCUCCGGCUUGGAGUACUAUGGGAAGGGCGAGUAAAGUCGCUGCUGUUUAGUCUGGGCAGCGGGAUCGAUCUGAGGAUGAUGAACAAGCCGUUUCGAACACUAGGUCUCGAGGUUCAGUUUUCAUCAUAAUGC